CUUUUGAGGGACGUGGGAAUUGCUUUUUUAUUUACAGAAAUAUUAAACUCAUAAAAACAUGUAUUAAGAUAAUGAUAAAAUACUGCUCAUAUUAGUACAUAAUGUGAAAAUGUGCUUUUUCAAGCAGUACCCCACAAUGUUGGUGUUAAAAAGACAAACAUGUACUGUACAUUUGAUUGCCAUCAAUGGUUGACACUGGUUUUUAGUGUCAAAUAUACCUAUUAUAUUAUUGACACGUUUUGUAACGAGCGUUAAUUCCCAAAAAAGAAUUUAGCGGAACUAUAAUAAGCAUUGAAAUGACAGAAAACAAGAUUUUCAAAAGCAGUUGCCCCCCUACCCCCCCACCUCAUGUUCUGAAAUGAUCUAAAAUGUUAAUGUUUUACUGUCAAUGCAAAAUUUCUUUUUUUGAAGCCACAUUGUUGCAGUGCUGCAUGGUGAUGAUGCAUGACGUCACGAGCAUCCAGCAGAAGCAUCCUCCUCCUCUUCCUCCUUGAGCCGCUACCACCCCCAGCGCCUGUGACCCUCUCGCCUCCGCAGUCCACAAGACCCUCCGCACCGGCCACCAACAUGCGCUCCUGCUCGGGCUUGCUCGCGGUGCUCCUGGCGGCGCUCGCGGCCGCCGCGUCCUCCCCGGAGGCCUUCGACAACCAGCUGGGCGACAUCGGCUACUGCAAGAAGCAAUGCCAGCUCGCCGUCAAAAACAAAGGCCCUGCUAAAGAGUCCGUAAUGAACGCCUGCCACCGCGGCUGUCGUCUCUACUCCAUCUGCCAGUUUGUCAACGGCAACGCUGGCUUCAACACCAGCAAGGACGAGUGUCAGGGAGCUUGCCAGGAGGCUUAUGUCAAACUUGUGGAGCAGGAGGCGUGCAGCACCGGCUGCGCCAGCCAGCCCUCGGAGCCCGAAAUCAAGAGGAGGAAGCUCAAGGCCAUGACCCUCCGCCCCAAGGUGCCUUCCAUCAUGGAGGCCGUGUCCAGUUGGUGCAACGACAUCGUCAGCUCUGCCCAGAGCUUCAUCUCCUCCACCUGGACCUUCUACCUGCAGGCCGACGAUGGCAAGGUUGUCGUUUUUCAGAGCCAACCUGAGCUGGAGUACUCUCUCCCCGAGCUGCAGGCUCCUCGCUCCAACAUGGCCGACAGCCCCUGGCCGCAGGUGCACUCGCACACGCAGAAACCUCAUGGUGUGAGGGGGCGUGGCGAGAAAGCGGGAGCCAAAGCGGGAAGCAGAGGCAAACAUCAGGUCCAGCGCACCGACGACUCCGCCGCCUCGGCCGAGCACGACUUCCUGGGCUGCAUGUCCAGGCGUUCGGGUCUUCCCCGAUGGAUUUUGGCGGCGUGCCUCUUCCUGUCCAUCAUGGUCAUGCUGUGGCUCAGCUGCGCCAGCCUGGUCACCGCACCCGACCAGCACAUCAAGGCGCAGCUGAGCAUCAACGGUGACAACGCGUUCCUGGACGACAAUCGGGUGAAGGGGAAUCCGUACCACCUGAGCCCGCUGCUGGCCGUCAGCGUCAAGUCGCCGGCGGCCGAGGACAGCCAGGAGGCCGGGCCUCUGCCGGUCAAGGUGGACCUCGACAAGACGCGCGUCUAGAAACUUUUGGGAUUCCUUUCACUCAGUCACUUGAUUUUUUUAAAAAAAAAAUUUUUAUUUUUAAAUUUUUUUUUUUUUAUUUAUUUAUUUUUAAAAGGAGCACGUCACUCUCCAAAUCAUUUUACACCAUUAAUACUCCCUGUGGAUGUUAAUUUGAUUGCACGGCCUGUCUGAGCGCUAGCAUCUCUUUUCUAAAUUGAUUUCAUAUCAUUUCGAAAUUGAUGUCACGUUGACUUUGACACCGAAUCACAGUCGUGAGGCAAUCAAGUAGAGAGAAACAAAGCCAGGUGCAGAACUCACCUUUGUACUCAUGGAGCGCGACCUCGGAAUGUGUCGUUGAAAUGAACAGGAAGUAUUGUAUUUCUUCUGAAUGAUUGAAGUGCCAUGCAAAGUCAUUGAGCUGCUUGUAAUAUACAGUACAUUGUAACCGAGACAUAAGAGUAUUAUUUACCAAGGAUUAUCAGAGCCGCACUGAAAAUAAAACACACGUACUAAGAGAGACUCAUAAAGUUGUAUUUUUCAAGAAGGAGGUCAGUAUUAUUAUUAUUUUUUAAGUAAAGGAAUAGCUUUUUUUAAAUCGAGGGGGGGGAGGGGGGGG